AUGGCAGCCAACUUGCCGCAGUACCAGCACUUCAUCCCACAGUUCAUCCUGAAGAAUUUCGGCCAUCCUUUCGAGUGUCCCAAGGCCCCCGCCAAUGGCUCAAAGUGCAAAAAGAACCAUCAUAAAAAAGGAAAAUACCCCGGCGACCCUGUCGUAAACUGCUUGGAACUUUUGCCCGAGGGCUACAAGAUUGAGGAGCUUUCUAUCCGACGCGUGUGCGGCCUGGAUGACAUGUACACAGAUCAGUCACCAAUCGCGCAAUUUCCUCGCGAGUUGGAGGUCAAAUUCAGUAGGCUAGAGGGCGAGACGAGCGCCGUGAUUCGCAGGAUAACUGGUGCUCACAAACGUGGAGAAGAAAAGGUCAAACUCACCAGGACACAGCAAACCGUACUUCGCAAGUUUGUUUAUCUACUGAAUCAACGAGGUUCAGGCUUCUUCAAGACAUACAACUGCAAUAGCAUCGAUGACUAUAAAAAGGACGACCGGGACUUGCUGGAAGAGUUUAUGGAUCGACAUGGAAUUCAACGGCCGUUAGAUGUUUGGCUACAGGCCUUGAGCUCUAUCAUCGAUCUCGAUAUGCGGGUAACAGCAAAUUGGCAACAAACCCUCAAAACAACUGUCUACUAUGGCCUAUUCUGCCACUUCGUGGAACACAUCACUGGAUUCUGGAUGUCCUUCUGCACCCCUUCGAGCGAGGAUCAGGAGUUCAUUCUCUCUGACACAGGAAGUCAUGUCUACGAAGGACCAACCGUCGACUUUCAGGACAAGACAACAGGAGAAUUCCUUCGCCUAGGACCCCGCUUUCAUCUCUUUGCGCCUAUUUCUCCACGACUGAUGAUAAUUUUGAGAAGUCAGCAUCUUCCAGAGCCACAUGAGGAUAACAAUCCCGAGACAAAGGCCAUGCGUCAGCUCCAACGACAGAUAGAGAUCGACUUGCUCUAUGGCCCAGGAACAACAUCCAUGUUAGAAGAUCUCCCCAUUCACAAGUCUAUCAACAGCUAUUCCAUUUUGGUGAAUGGAGGAUUAAUAAAACGACCCGGCUGGGACGGACAACUUCGUCAGACUGAUACCUUCUCAUUCCCAUUCUUCAAAAUCUCCACGCGACACGUGCAUAUGAUCAACGGUCUUCUGCUAGACCAUGCCUUCCACGGCUUAACAGUAAUCUUUAAUAAAAAGGCUACGUUUUUGGAUCUCCUGGAAUGGUUCUUGACGGAACCUUGUGAAGUUGGCAAAAGGCUGGGUGGACAACACCACGCAGACCAGAUGAGGUAUCUUGCGCGAUUGACCGACUUGAUGCAUGCCGAAGGGCGAAAUAUCACACUUUUUAGCACAAACACGCCAAUCAGCGAUCAUAUUGACAUCGAGAGCUAUAAAAACCAGAACAAUGCUGCCGCACGGUGGCUUGAGGGCCUUGAGACGAGCCCUGCCGACAAAGAAGAGGCCAAAGACAACCGAGAACAAGGCAUCGAUGCCAAGGUCUAUGCAAACCAAUACGACACAGUCGAUAUACAAGAUGAGCCGAAUGAAGAAAUAGUUAACAUCGAGGAGCAUCCUACUGAGCUUGAACCGACUGCGAAGUUUGGAGAUGGGUCACCGGAAGAUCGACUGGUUGCCAUGGUUUACGAGCAAAUCGCAGAUCAAUGUUACUCACCGGACCUUGGCCCUAAGAUCCUGUCGCGAGUUCGAGUUACGACUCAGGGCGUGAGCGAAUCACUAGUCAUGUUUCGUGUCUGGCUCAUAAACGGGCAAUUGGACCGAAACAAGGAACUGCCAGGCACAGACAGACAGCAAAGACUGCUCCGGCGAUACCAGUUGCAACAAUCCCCUAUACUCUUCUGGCUAUUCCUGAAACAAUUCAGGCAUCUUGUUUGGAAGACGGAACUCAAACAAGCGAAAAGAGGCGAUGUCUUUCCAGGGGAGGGCCCUGAAGAUGAGUUUCUGAAUGAUAUGACAACGCUUGAGCCUCAUGAUUUGAACAUAAAGAUGUGGAAGGCCAUGAAUCGUGACAUCGCCCUUCAGCAAAUGUCCGGAGGGCAAACCCAAUGGAGCAACUAUUAA